AUGUUGGAAGCGGACAGUGUUGAACCACCGAAGGAAACUAUUACAAACGAACUUUCGACCUUGUCAAACAAUAUUACGAAUUGUCUUUCAGCGGUUUCAUUAAAGCUUGGCUGUAACACAGAGACGGUAAGUUGUGUUGAAGAGUGCGUUAUUGCCGCUGAAGAGUUGUACACAUUGGGCGGAUUGGUGAAAACAGAUAUAAGGGCCGUUAACGACAGUGUGAUAGCGAUCAACGAACAGAUUGAACAACUUGAAAGCUUAUUCCAAAAUAUUGAUCGUUUAGAAGAAUUCGUUAAACAGAAAAUGGAAACAAGAAGUGGGGAAGGCUUAAAGGGAACUUCAAAGGAAGGAGGAUUACCUGAUUUUAUCGAAGUCAGAGAAGAGAGUGAAGAUGAUAGUCCGAUAGAAGCCUCGUCAAAGGUACAAUGUCAGAUGCCUGUAGCAAGAAAUACUUCAAAGGGCAAAAAGGUGAGGAAGAUGAGACGUCGGAAGAAGUAUAAGGUGGUCAAACUGAAUGAGAACGUAUAUAAGUCGGAAACUAAAACUUCUACAUUCAAAGUUGUUCCGUUGUCAAUGCCGCCACCACAACCAUCAUUCAAUUUCCGGGCUCGACUGCUUCAAAGCAGAACGAAAAAUCAAAGGCUGACAAGAACGGAGCAAGCUGGUUUGCAACACAAAAACAAGUGGUUUACAGCAACAAGACCAGCACGUCGUUGA